AUGGCGUCGACCAUCAAGACUGAGCGCUCCGUAUCAUUAACGCAGGAGAAUGUGGGCGUCAAUUUAAAGGACGCCGCAGACGUUUCCGCCGCCGUCUCGAAUGUUCUGAAGUUUCGGCGGAUGACCAUCGGGGGCAAUCUGGCCCCUUCCAUCUCCAACCAGGAGACACCAACUGAGUCCCCAGGCGCCAGAAGAAAAAGUUCGAUCUCUUUCAAGGGCCUCUCUCAGAGCUUUACGAGCAUGAUUAAGUUCAGGAAAAUGUCCGUAUUGCAAGCGGCCGCCCCGGAAAAGCCUAAAAUUAAAUGCGAGAACACGUACAAGCUCGGACCGGAUGCGGGUAAUACUUUUAAGACGACGGCGGUGGAAAAGAAGACGUACGAAGUGCUGGUAAACGAAUUGAAGACCACGAGAUAUGACGCCAAUACGGCCGGUCGCAUCGCCUGUCGUCUCUCGAACAUCGUGAAGAACGAGAUCAAGAGCCUUAACAUGCCGCGUCACCGGCUGAUCUGCCAGGUGGUGAUCACGGAAGUUCGGGGACAGGAUAUGGAGGCUGCUAGCCGCUGCCUCUGGGACGACAAGAGCGAUAACUACGCAUGCGUCUCUUACAAGAACGACACCUUGCUGGCGAUUGCGAUGGUCUACGGAGUGUACAUGGACUAA